AGUGGGAGGUUAGGAAAUGUCAGGUUGUCCCUGCCUUGUGCCCUGGGCCCGGUGCCCUGGGCCGGUUGCCUGAUGGCCCGCUGUUCGGUGAGCGCCGGGGAUUACUUAGAGCUGGGACGGCGAUGGCACCAGCUGCGUCAAGACUGCGAGCGGAAUCCGAAUUCGGGUCGCUUCCGCGGCGAGCGCUCGCCCAAUACUUGCUGCUCCUAAAGCUGUAUCCGGUGUUUACCAAAGCCGUCAGCAGUGGCAUCUUGUCAGCCCUUGGGAACCUUCUGGCCCAGAUGAUUGAGAAGAAACAGAAAAAAGACUCUCAAAGCCUAGAUGUCAGAGGGCUUCUCAGAUAUUUAGUUUAUGGAUUCUUUAUCACAGGUCCACUGAGUCACUAUUUCUACCUCUUCAUGGAGUACUGGAUCCCUCCUGAGGUUCCCUUGGCCAUUGUCAAGAGGCUCCUUCUGGAUCGCCUGCUCUUUGCACCAGCUUUUCUGCUGCUGUUCUUCCUCAUCAUUAACUUGUUGGAGGGGAAGGAUGCCAGUGCCUUUGCCGCCAAGAUGAGGAGUGGCUUCUGGCCUGCACUGCAAAUGAACUGGAGGAUGUGGACGCCCUUGCAGUUCAUUAACAUCAACUAUGUGCCCCUGCAGUUCCGGGUGCUCUUUGCCAACAUAGCAGCUCUGUUCUGGUAUGCCUACCUGGCCUCUCUGGGGAAGUGAUGUCAGACACACCGUGGAUGAGGUCUGGGGAAAUCCACCCACAGCAGGAGAGAUCAGAAUCCAUCAUUCAGGACAUCAUCUGACUAAAUUUUGUGAUUCAAAGAUGCCUUAAAAUUACAGAGGGAGCAAAUGUAUGUGUUAGUGUCCGAAUCUCGUGUUUAGAGAGAUGGCACCAGACUCAGACAGUAGGUAAUCUUUAUUUGUCACUGUAAGCAAGGUAAAGUUCAAUAAACAGUAAUGCAGCUGUU